CGCGACGGGCACGACGACGAGCUCGGGCUAUUCACAGCUCAAUGUCGUUUCGCUCCAUCGUCUAUGCCUAUGUCCUCGGCGGCCUUACCUUUUUUCCCCUGGUCUUACUCAGUCUCAUCGCUUUCGCAGUCUAUACCUCCGUCCCGCUAGGGGACAUUGACCCUACAAAGCCAGCAAAGGAAGCCCGUGCUCACGCAGGCCAGUCGGACACUCGCGAGGUUUCACCAGUGUCCUCUGCGUCUGCAUCCGUAACCGCACAGUCAGAACAGCAACAAGACGAGAAAUCAUACGAGCCUCCGCCAGAGACGCCCAAGGCGAGGAAAGGGUGGCUGACCGUCAGGCGCACGCUCGAGGAGACGACGUUCGAUGGGUCGUAUGUCAACCUCGUUAGGUCGUUCCUCGAUGCUCGAUCUAAGGAUCCGAAACGGUCGAGGCCUCGGGAUACGUGGUAUGUCGUUCUCAAAGGGAAGGUACUUUACCUCUACGAGGACGAGAGUAUGACGGAGUGCGAGGCUGCUAUCGAGCUGGGUGGGCACGAGGUGACUAUCGUGCAUGAACACGAUAAGCUUACGGAUGGUGAACUCUUUGCGAAACGGAAUGCGAUCUGCUUGAGGCCCAAGAUUCAGCCAGGACAGAGGGGUAUGCCGAGUGUGACGAGGGAGAUGUUCUUGGAAAGGGAUAACGUGGAGGAGAAGGUAGAGGAGAAGGUGGCCAACAGUGGUGGAAGUUCGAAGAAGAAGCAGAAGGAAAGGGAGAGGGAGAGGGAGAAGAUGAUUGAGAUUGAGAGGAGGAAGGACGCGGCGAGGCAAGAGGCGCUGGACAUGUCGACACCAUGGUACAUCUUCGUUCGAUCCAACUUCGAUAUGGAGGACUGGUAUCUCGCACUCGUCCAUGCAUCGGAUUACUCGGCCAACACACCCCUCCUCACACCACUCGAGCCCGUCUUCUCUCCCGACGAUAUGAAACACCUUGUCGCCACAUUGGACGAACAGCCCGACGUCAUCCCGACACGAUGGUUGAACGCACUGAUCGGACGAAUAUUCUUCAGCUAUUACCGCACUGACACCCUCGAAUCCAUGAUCAUCGGCAAACUCAUGAAGAAACUCUCCAAAGUGAAGAAACCCAACUUUCUCAGCGACGUUAUCGUGACCGAGGUAUCCGUCGGGGAUAGGUCGCCCAUGUUCAGCAAACCUAUGUUGAAGGAGCUUACGAAGGAAGGAGAUGCUGCUUUGGAGGUUCGCAUUCACUACAAAGGCGAAAUCCGUAUUCAGGUCGAGGCUAUCGCUACGCUUAACCUUGGGGCCAGGUUCAAGCCGUAUACCGUCCCACUCGCCCUGGCUGUUGUCCUGCACGAGCUCGAGGGUAACAUGGUCAUUAGGGUGAAACGUCCUCCAAGCAACCGUAUCUGGUACGCGUUCACGCAGAUGCCAAAGAUGCAAAUGCAAAUCGUGCCAGGCGUUAGCGACAGACGAAUCACUUGGAGUAUGAUCCUGAAUUCCAUCGAGUCUCGCCUGAAAGAAGUCAUAAUGGAAUCAGUAGUCCUUCCAAAUAUGGACGAUAUCGCCUUCUUCGACAGCUCGCCCUAUAAACACCGCGGUGGUAUCUUCCCUGAUGCAGCACGGAACCAACGAAAGGAGGGCGGUAUGGAAGGCGAAGAGGAGGAUACCGGCUCUCCCGACGUCGAGACUUCUCCCGAUGGGGAGGCCAGCGGUCUUAAACGUUCACAUUCUGAUGGCGAAAUCGCGGAGAGCAUCGAGGCUGCAAAGAACUCUCAACCCCGUUCGACAACCAUGGCAGCUCCCGUCCCCUCUCAAGACACGCUUUCUUCCUCUCCCUCUAACAACGAUACAUGGCUAUCCGCUUCGAGCUCGACUGUCGAUGCUAAUCACCUCAUGGAUGAUCCUGAACCGCUACCAGACGCUGAAGAUGGGUCACGUCGCGAAGAAAUGCCGCGUGUUAACACACCGACGAACGAGCUGCCGUCAACCCCUAUCGAUGCCCCUCCUCGCAAAUUGAACAAGAAGCCGUCCAAGUUCUUGACUACUGCGCGCAAGUUUACCCGAUCUCGAUCUCCCUCUCCCUCUGUCCGCUCUGUCCGCUCUCGCGCUUCUUCGCGUUCGCCGUCCCCCUCUCCUUCGUUCGAGCGCCCGCCAGCGGACCCUAUGACUGUUUCCUCUUCAUCUGCCUCAACAAAGUCAGACAAGUCUUCCGAUCACAAGUCGAUAAACAGCAAUAACACCUUCUUGUCGACGCUCAAGUCUCGGGCCGCCGACAGACAAGCCCUCGGUCAAUCGGCGAAGGAGACCAUGCGUAAAUGGGGAGUAAACUGGACUGGCUUGAAGAAGGAGAACGGGAGCGGGUACGACACGCCCGAUGGUGGCUCUGUUCAUCGUCGGAUGAGCUCGGAUUCGAGUAGCUCGAUAAACAAGCCAAAGGCCAGUUACGCCGAAGUCAGGGCCCAUGUUGCAUCACGCAGAAGCGGAGGGGGCUCGAGCAAUCAUGCUCCCGAACCUGGUCCCGCAGAUCAGUUACCGCCAUCUGUCUCGUCGCCGAUAGUCAUCCCAGACAGCAAGCCUACAAAGGAUCGAACUGUCAGUAUUUCUUCCGAGGGUGGUUCGUCCGAAGCUUCGUAUGGCGCGCCAUCGUCUCCGGUUUCGUCUUUCAGAGGCAGGCCCCUCUCGAAGGGCGAUAUGGGCCCUGCGUAUCAGCAGCACAGAAAGGGCGUUUCUCCUACACCACAGCCUACUCUGGACGUCGCUGAACGCACUCGAGAGGGUAGCGCUGAUAGUCGAUCGAAGGCCACCAGUCCCGGACCUGACAAACCUGAUGACUCGCCGCUUGUAGCAUCUCCUCCGACGCCUAUACAUACGCAGCCCUCGCAAGUCCAGGUCAUGAGCAUCCCCGGUAUCCACGCCAGUCAUCGAGGCGAGGUCAUGUCGAUGGGUUACGUCCCACCUUCGCCUCCUUCAGUCCCUUCAGAAAAUAAGGCCAAGGCGCCCGCCGGAAUUCAGAGUCUCUCGCGACUUUUCAACAGAGGGCCUGUCUCAGCGCCAGAAAGUGCAUCUGUCUCUUCUGCGCCUGCUGAUUUGGAUGCUCUCAUCGAGGAUGAGCAACAGUCGCAGACACCCACUCCUCCUGCGAAACCCUCGAAGCCUCGACGUGCACCUCCACCGCUCCCUCCACGUUCUAUAUCGACGUUGUCCGGGUCUUCUUCGGCGACGAGCCCCACGCAGUCCUCACUUGCCUCGGCGUCGGAGUCAUUACGGUCUAUAGCAUCGAAAGACGCCGAGCUGAAACGCGCUUCACUGGAAAUGACAAGGUCGCCACUCACGGUUCAGGUUGAUGAGGGUGAAGGAGGCAGUAAGGAAACGAGAGACCCUUCGGAAUCUCCGUCGUCCGGUAUGGGCUCGGGCUCCUUGGACCCAUACUCGACCUUGUCGCCUGAUAUCACAUUCACAGCUCCGACACCGAUCUAUCCUACGUUACAGAAGCCGCCAUUACCGCCGCGGAGGUCGACUGUCUCGGUGCCGACGUGAUGAUCUGGGACACGCAUGUUGUUCCUGCCCUUACUUUACUCUUAUGCUUCCUUUUCGCUUCUACUUUUCUUUCUGGAUUGCUUAUUCUGUUCUUCUUCUGCUUAUUCCGGCGUUUUGACGGGUCUUGGAGAUUUUUUUUCUAUUUACGCAUCUUGUAUCCUUGUUUCGUUUGCAUUCCGCAUCCAUCGGCGACCUCCAUCGAGCUCACGCUCCCGAUUUUCCUGCCUUUGGCCCGAUUCCGCACCGCACUGCACAAACCACAUUGACAUAUUCUCAUCGCAUCGUACACGACACGGCUCGGUUUUUGUAGUAUACGAACAUAACGACACCAACAAUAACAGCAACACAGCACUAUCCAACCCAUCGCGUUCAUUCUCGUUUUCUUUGCCCUCUCGUUUCCCGUCUCGUCCUAAGUUACUUCCGUCAGUUCUUUUUCUCUCUUGCUUGCCUUUUCUCGAAGAGCGGUCGUGAAGACCGUGUCGUCGGAUGUUACUAUAAGUCAC